UAUUAGUUGUACAAAAGUCUCCAGGAUGAAGUGGCUUAGUCGAAUCAUUUUAGUGGUCGUGGCAAUUGGGAGCAGCAGUUCUAGUGAAUUAAGACUCCUUAAGAAGCAAAUCGGAAUUAUUUCACAGCCUAAGAAAAAUGGACCCAUUGGAAGGAUUGUUGGUGGGAAUGAAGCAGCUGUUGGCCGUUUUCCAUAUCAGAUUGCCAUUAUCAACGACUUUGGGGUUUUCUGCAGUGGCAUAUUACUGUCAGAGAAUUUCGCACUUAGUGUAGCGCAUUGCAUUGAUGGAAUCUUCUAUAUGAUUGCUUACCUCGGGGUUCAUAACAUUCGAGAGGAGGACGAAAACUGGGUACAAUGGGUUCUCCAUCGUGAUUCUUGCCUGCUUCACCCAGACUGGAAUGCAGAAAUUAGGUCCAAUGAUAUUGCUCUAAUCGAGUUUCCUGAGCCCAUCGAAUUGAAUAGUUAUAUAAACCCUAUUGCAUUACCAUCCCGCCAGGAUCAAAAGGUAGAUUAUUCCAGUGAAUAUGUAACGAUUUCGGGGUGGGGGUAUGAUGACGAUGAUGCUUUUGGGCUAACUCCUACACUUCAGUAUGUGAAACUUCGAAUACUUCCUCCGGAAAUUUGUCAACAUUUCUAUACAGAAAGGAUACGAGAUACGAACAUUUGCACAGAUACUGGAUUAGGUCGAGGGAUAUGCAACGGAGACUCGGGCGUACCAAUGGUCUACCAACGAAGUGAUGGUACCUCCGUACUUAUAGGAAUUGGAUCGUUCAUAAGUCAAAUGGGCUGUGCCUCUGGUUGGCCUGACGUUUUCACAAGGCUCGAUCGUUAUCUGGAUUGGAUUGAAGAAGUCACGAACAUAACGAUAAGCCACUGAUAUCGAUAGAACUUAUCGGUAUUUUAAUCUUUUUAUAUAAAAUUGUAUUUGUUACCCGGCGAGCAGUAAUAAAAUUCUAAAUAAUUGCAAUUCUGUUAUUGUUUAAUUUAUGAUUUUAUGGCUUUACAUAAGAAGGCAAUAAAUUCUUUGUUUUUAGGUUUAGAUUGUUCGGACGUCACAUUUUCCCGGUAAAAGAUGAUUCUUAUUUGAAAAUUACGCAAUAUAUACUGACAUAAUUAAAGAGAAGUUUUUAGGUAUAAUAAAUUACUUUAUUAUCUGAAUCAUUACGUUCAGUU